GAAAAGCGAAGACAUGGUUCCUGGUGGGAAGUUUCUCUCGUUGAAUCAGAAGCAUUGUGAGUUAUUUGAGUCUCAUGAACAGUUAAAGAACCCGCCGUUUGAGUCUGGCAAUAACAAUAGAAGCUCUGCUUGUGCGCUUCAGAUCCAAGAAGCAGCAAAUCAGAGGCUGAUGCAAACACCAGCAGACACUGAGGAAGAGGCUAAGUUGAUUGAAGCUCUUCUGUGCUUGCGUCCUAUUGGUUUGACACUCUCGAACAUGGCCCCUUUCUUGGGCUUGGAUGAACUGGGCGUUUCCCAUGCAGAAAACACUACUAAAUGCACUGAUGCUGUUGCUGGGACUAGUAGUCAUAGCUCAGGCCAUUCUGGGGUUCAAGAAAAGGCCUGUACUGAUAAUAAGAAGAUGAAGGCUUCAAACUUCUGCGCAACAUUUAUUAAAAUCGGCUCGUGGAAGGUGAUGCCCGGAAUUUUAAACCUGUAA